UGGAGGUGAUAAGGUAUACAAGCUAUCCAUCAUACAGCAAUGAAUGCAUCUCCCUCCUAUUAAAGAAAUAGAAAUCCUCUUCUUUUUUUAAAAAAAAAAAAAUUCAGAGGACAGAGAAACUCAUGUGAUAUAUUAAGCUUCUCCAUUUUAGCUUUAGUCUCUCUCUCUCUCUCUCUCUCUCUCUCUCAACAUGGGAGUCAGAUCAGUACCAAAGUCUUUAGAGUGGUGGAAAUUAUAGACGUACACCAAGGCCAAGACAGGCAUUGGGAUGGACUUCUUCCCAACAAAUUUUAUGCUACAAACUCCUCAUCAUGAAGAUGAUCAGCAUCAUCAGCAUCACCAUCAACAACAUCCAACCUCUCUCACUCCACUUCUACCCCCUUGCUCUUCUCAAGACUACCAUGGAGUUGCUUCACUACUAGGGAAGAGAUCCAUGUCAUUCUCAUGCAUUGAAGUCUGCGAUCAAGAAACCAAUGGCGACGACGACUUGUCCGACGAUGAUGGGUCCCAAUUAACUGGGGAAAAGAAGAGGAGGCUAAACAUGGAACAAGUGAGGACGCUCGAGAAAAACUUUGAGCAGGGAAACAAGCUCGAGCCGGAGAGGAAGAUUCAGCUGGCUAGGGCCCUGGGGCUGCAGCCCAGGCAGAUAGCCAUAUGGUUUCAGAACAGGAGGGCUCGGUGGAAGACCAAGCAGCUGGAGAAAGACUAUCAGGUCCUCAAGAGGCAGUUCGAGUCAGUCAAGGCUGAUAAUGACGCUCUACAAUCUCAGAACCAGAAACUUCAAGCAGAGAUACAGGCACUCAAAAACAGAGAGCCAACAGAGUCAAUCAACCUCAACAAAGAGACAGAGGGUUCAAGCAGCAACAGAAGUGAAAACAGCUCAGAUACCAAGCUGGACAUCUCGAGGGCCCCACAAAUUGACAGCCCACUGUCCUCCCAUCCAAACAGCAGGGCCCACUUCCCACCCUCCUCCUUCAGGCCCGCUGGUGUGGCCCAGCUCUUCCAAUCAAGACCAGAAGCCCAAUUCCACAAGAUUGAUCACCAUACGGUCAAGGAAGAAAGCUUUUCCAACAUGUUUUGUGGGAUUGAUGAUCAGAAUGGAUUUUGGCCGUGGUUGGAACAACCACAUUUCAAUUGAACGGAAGACCGUGUUUUACUUGUGGCCUAAAUUGAAAUAUAGCGCUUCCGACACAGAUGUCUAGCUGGAAUCGUUCGAUGUACGCCAACUUCACGUGAUGCGCAGAGGAUCACAUGUAUCGAACAGCUAGGAACGCAUUUGUGUACGGACGUAUGUGUCCGAAGAAUUUUUCUUGAGAUUAUGGAAGAUUAUGAUCAUCACAUUAUUUUGUAUGAGGCGUAUUUAUUUACUUUCGAACUCACAGACCAUGUUUGUUUUUGUCCUUUUUCUUGCAUUGGAAUCAUGUCUUUUGUACCUUGUACUAUAACAGAAAUGCUUGCAAUUUGCUCAGAAAA